GCGGAGCUCUCAUUGAGCAGUUUUGAGACUAUGGCGAGUCAUUCCUUCAAGGACGAAGAAGGCGGCGUCAUGUUUGGCAGCAGCAGUGGCAGCAGUCGCCCCGGUGGCGAGUCGCAGGGAGAUCGCCAUGGCAACGAGCAGCAGUCACAACCCAACGGGAUCAUCGAGUAUAGGACUAGUUUACCUGCACCUAUGUUUUCAAGAAAUGACUUCAGCAUUUGGAGUAUUCUCAGAAACUGCAUCGGAAUGGAGCUCUCCAAGAUUGCCAUGCCUGUGAUCUUCAAUGAGCCGCUUAGCUUCCUGCAGCGUCUGACAGAAUACAUGGAGCACACAUACCUCAUUCAGCAGGCUAAUGCUACCAUCAAUUCCCUUGACAGGAUGAAGUGCGUAGCAGCAUUUGUGGUGUCUGCCGUAGCUUCGCAGUGGGAAAGGACAGGCAAGCCCUUCAACCCGCUGCUUGGAGAAACCUACGAACUGGUCAGGGAGGACCUUGGUUUCAGGCUCAUAUCGGAGCAGGUUAGCCACCACCCUCCAGUGAGCGCUUUUCAUGCCGAGGGUCUCCAGCAGGACUUUGUGUUCCACGGUUCCAUCUACCCCAAACUCAAGUUUUGGGGGAAGAGCAUGCAAGCCGAGCCCAAAGGCGUCCUCACGCUGGAGCUGCCCAAGCACAACGAAGCCUACACAUGGACCAAUCCCACUUGCUGUGUACACAACAUCAUAGUGGGCCAGUUGUGGAUUGAGCAGUAUGGCAGUGUGGAAGUGGUCAAUCACAAAACUGGUGAAAAAUGCUGCCUUAACUUCAAGCCGUGUGGACUUUUUGGCAAAGAACUGCACAAAGUUGAAGGCUACAUAUUGGACAAAAGCAAAAAGAAGCUGUGCGCGCUGUACGGCAAGUGGACCGAGUGUUUGUACGUCAUCGAUUCUGCUGCCCUGGAGGCCCACAGGAAAAGUGACAGGAAAGGAGCCGAAGGCAAAAAUGCCAGCAGAAAGGAGGAGCCUGUUGGUAACGAGGAGGAUGUUCCCUCUCAACCGCCUUGUAGCGUGGAUGUGAUUCCCGGCAGUCAACUUCUGUGGAGGAUCGCCCCCCGGCCAGCCAACUCUGCUCAGAUGUACAGCUUUACGACUUUUGCCAUGCAGUUGAAUGAGCUGAAUGAGGACAUGAAGGCCGUCCUUCCUCGUACAGACUGUAGGAUGAGGCCUGACAUUCGAGCCAUGGAAAAUGGUGACAUUGACUUGGCUAGCGAUGAGAAGAAAAGACUCGAGGAGAAGCAGCGAGCCGCCCGCAAGAAAAGCUCCAAAUUGGACGACGAGUGUAAAACGAGGUGGUUCCAGCAGGGCCCCAACCCGCACACCGGUGCUCAAGAUUGGAUCUUCACUGGCGCAUACUGGGACAGGAAGUACCCUCAUCUGCCAGACAUUUACUAG